GCUCAUCCCAGAAGCCCUCAGAGGCAUCUAUAAAAGCACAUUGACCCAGGCCCCAGCAUCCUGCCUGACUGCUACCUAUUGCUGCACAAUGCUGGGAGGUCUGGGGAAGCUAGCUGCUGAGGGCCUGGCCCACCGCACUGAGAAGGCAACUGAAAAUGCUGCUCAUGCAGUGGAGGAAGUGGUGAAGGAAGUGGUUCAUCAUGCCAAGGAGGCUGGAGAGAAAGCCCUUUCCGAAGCUUUAAACAAGGCCCAGGAGAGUGGAGACAAAGUGGUGAAAGAAAUCACUGAGAAAGUAACCAACUCUGUCACAAAUGCUGUCUCCCACGCAGCAGAAGGCCUGGGCAACCUGGGACGCAACACACCUGCAGACUCAUCCUAAAUUUCAAUGAAUAAAUAAAUUAA